AUGGGAAUCGCCAAUGUUGCAUCAUCGUCAGACAGUAUGAAGCCAAUGUUUCAACAUUAUCACGGAGAUGGUACAUCCUUUCUCAGAGGACCGGCACAUUCGCUAGUCGUGAGAAAUUCAUCGGUGGUUUUGAUCAUGGGUCAAUGGAGCGCACGAUUGAAAGGAUUGCUUUCUUUUGGUAGAUCCUUAGCAGAUGAGCUAGUGGUCAGCGUGAUCGAGAGACAAUUUAUUGGUGUGACGAUUUGUGUUGGUAGCCACGGACACGGGUGUGCGUGGUGUGAAUCAGCGGAGACACUCAUCGUCGCUGGGACACACGUUUUCUGGGAGGAUUCAGCCGCCAAAUUGAGAAAUCGAGCGACGGCAAUUACGAUAAACAAUCCUCCGAUUGUGUCUCCGAUCGCGUUUCGAACGCGCCGUACAAUCGGUAGCGCGGCCCAGAGGUGGAAGGUAGCUCUCCCACAAAUUUCCCCAAGUUCGUCUGAGGGCAGAUUAGGGCAACAUGGCUACUACGGUCAGGAGAUUGUGACACAACAAGCAAAUUGUAUGUUAUGUAUUGUCAAAAAUUCUGAAAAAGAGAAAAAGAGAGAGAAGAGAGAAACAGAGAGAUAAAUGGAAUAAAGACAUUAAAUUUCAAAUGACGAAAAUCUUUGGAAAUUAGGCUUCAGAAGCAUACAUCUUGC